AUGGAGUCCGAGUCAUCAGUCAUCCUCAGGGCGCCUGGCGUGUCGCAAAACACCCAAGACAGCCAGCCCCAAGCGUAUCAAUCGCCCAGCCUCUCGUUUUUGCAAGGCACUUGGCACGUCACUCACAGCACUCUGCCCAUGUGGAAGUCCAAGCGCAAUGUGCAAAUCACCUACACGGCACUGCCGCCAUCGACACCUGACGCAACCCCAGAUCAGACAGACCGCCUGGACGACGUCGUGUCUUACCAAGGGCUUGAUUCAGACAAGCUGCACACUGUUCACGGCGUAGACAAGGCCAGUGGCGGCGUUGGAGUCACGGACGUCUGGGACUGGCGUGGUAAAGGAUGGCUCAUGAUUGCGAGCAGUCAUUGGGAGGUUCUGGGUUGGGCAGACAAGGGACAAAGUCAAGACAGCUGGGUCGUGACAUAUUUCGCCAAGACUCUAUUCACGCCGGCCGGUAUCGACUUCUACAGCAGACGCAAGGAAGGAUUGAGUGAGAGAACUGUCCAGGAUAUCAAGGCAGCUCUCAGUCGCGUGGACAAUGAGGAUGUUCGUCGUUUGUCGAGUGAGGUGUUUGAGGUGAAGACGGACAACGUGACACAGGGAGAAGCAUGA